AUGAAAUUUGACGACAUAACAAUCCUUCUCGGCGAAUUCGGAAGAUACCAAAAGAUCCUGUAUUGCAUAAUAUGCUUUCCAGUAAUAUUCAAUGCAUUCAAUGUGAUGAUCGUGGUGUUUACGUUGGCACUGCCGGACUUCAGAUGUCAGAUCCCAGGUCUUGGAAAUGAUACCUUUGAACUCCAGGGAAAAUGGCACGCUUACCAAAUUAAUCAAACAAUACCAAUGUCGGAAGAAGUUAAUUCAAACUCGUAUGACACGUGCCACGUUUACUCACCUGGAGAAAACAACACCAAGAUUGAAUGCAACUCCUGGGUCUAUGACCAGUCCACGUUCCAGGACACCUUCAUAACAAAGUUUAACCUGGUGUGCGGUUUAGAACUUGCUAGAGCGAAUGCGAACAUGCUGGUUAUGGCAGGAAUGCUGGCUGGGUCUGCGCUUGUUGGAAUAUUCGCCGACAUCCGUCUUGUACGUCGACGAACCAGCCAACGACUGUAUGAGAAUUCAGCCAACGACCUUGCCGAGGACCGAGGCGACGACCGUACCGAAGACCCAGCCGACGACCGUGUCGAGGACCCAGUCGAAGACCGUGCCGAGGACCGAGAGGACGACCGUGCCGAGGACCCAAACGGCGACCGUGCUAAGGACCCAGACGACGUCCGUGCCGAGGACCCAGACGACGACCGCGCCGAGGACCUAGACGGUGACUGUGCCAAGGACCCAGACGACGACCGUGCCGAUGACCCAGACGACGACCGUGUAAAGAACCCAGACGGUGACCGUGCCAAGGACCCAGACGACGACCGUGCCGAUGACCCAGACGACGACAGUGUAAAGGACCCAGACGGUGACCGUGUCAAGGACCCAGAUGACGACCGUGCCGAGGACCCAGACGGCGACCGUGUCAAGGACCCAGACGGUGACCUUGUCAAGGACCCAGACGACGACCGUGCCGAUGACCCAGACGACGAGCGUGUCGAGGACCCAGCCGACGACCGCGUCGAGGACUCAGACGCCCGUCUCAUUGACGACUGCGACGACGGCUGUCUCGGGGACUCAACCAACGACAACGCCGAGAGCUCAGCCGACCACUAUGACCCUGGCCGCGUCGAUGAACCAGCCUGCUGUUGCGACGACGGCUGUCUCGGGGGCCCAACGGACGACAGCACCGAGAGCUCAGCCGACCACUAUGACCUUGGCCGCGUCAGUGAACCAGCCUGCUGUUGCGACGACGAAUGUAUCGAGGGCCCAACAGACGACAGCACCGAGAGCUCAGCCGACGCCGACACCCACGCCGACGGGUUUGGUAGAAAAAGAGCAUUUCUGUGUACUGAAGCCCUGUUAGUUGCUGCGAUGUUUGGGACGGCAUUUGCUCCAAACUACCAAGUGUUGGCUGCAUCAAGAUUUCUGGCAGGGUUUGGACAGAACACAUUUCUGCCUGUGUUUUCAAUGGCGAUGGAACUGGUCGGUCCUUCAUACCGCGUGGCGGCUGGUAUAAUCGUCGAGCUGUUUUGGUGUGUCGGCCUAUUCAUUCUCUGUCUUUUGGCGUACUUUGUCCGCUCCGCGACCAACCUUACACUUGUUGCGGGGGUUCCUAUGAUCCUGGUAUUCCUUUAUAUAUGGCUUAUUCCAGAAUCUCCUAGAUGGCUGAUCUCCAAAGGAAAGAACAAAGAAGCUUAUAAAAUCAUACAGAAAAUUGCGAAGAAGAACCAGGUCACUCUCCCUGAGAACGCCAUCGACGAAUAUAGUGUGGAGUCAGGCGAAUCAAUGUCUGUUUUCAAAAUGUUCACAAUUCCAAAACUUCUUAUUCGGACCUUGAUAAUCUACUUAAAUUGGGCCGUGGUUAACAUGGUUUAUUACGGUCUUGGCUUGAACGUUGGAAAUCUGGGUGGAAAUAUCUACGUCAACUUUGCCAUCAACAGCGCCGUGGAGACGGCGGCGUACCUACUAUGUCUCGUUUCCUUGCACAGAGUGGGUCGGAAGACAUUGCAUUCUGGAAGCAUGAUUGUCGGCGGCGUCGCAUGCCUUUUGACAAUUUUCUCCACACUUUAUGGCGGAACAUCCUUGCAUUGGCUGACAAUAGCCCUUUCGAACAUCGGGAAGUUUGGAAUAUCUGCAGGAUUUGCAAUCGUGUAUAUCUGGACAGCUGAACUGUUUCCCACGCUGGUCAGAAACUCGGGGAUCGGUUCUAGUUGUAUGGUCGGACGUUUUGGAAGCGUCAUUUGUCCCUACAUAACAGACCUUGGUCGUUUUGUGCCGGGCAAAUUUGGGCAAGCUCUACCACUGAUUGUGUUUGGCGGUCUCUCCGUAGUUGCCGGUUUACUGUCCCUUUAUUUGCCGGAAACCAACGGAGUUCCUCUGCCGGAAACCAUACAGGAUGCAGUCAACUUCGGCACCAAGAAGGAGAAAAACAAGGAUGCCAAAGAGAAGGCCUCUUUAGUAUAA